GGGUAAAGAGGGCUACUCCUCCUCGCUGGUCCACUCCUCUUGCUCCAUUCACAGGGAAGGCUGAAGACACUGAAGACAACCUCUUUUCUCCUUGAAUGGACCAAACACUCCUCCACCCCAAAGCGAAGACCAGAGCCAGUUGUCCCCUUGCAUUUUUCUUGACCGCCGCUUUACCAUGAACUUGUGGAGUUUCCGUACAGUGUGGGGUAUUUUCAAAAAGCUGAUGGCCAUCCACUGAACCAGACUUUGGAAAGACUGAACAAGCAACAAGGUGGAUCUUUGGGGUCAAAAGGGCAGAUUUAUAUUGAGGACCCUGAGAACAUUUAACGGCAACUUCCAUCUUUUUCUGGCUUUUGGUCCUGGACCACGAUGGGUUCAGAUCUCCGUGACCUGAACUCCCUGCUACCUCCGGUCCCAGCGGGGCCCAGUCCUAGCUGCACGGCCCUACCGGUCAGCACGGCCCCUCAGUGGGCUCCCGUCCUGGACUUCCACAACGCCACCUCCCCUUACUCAUCUCUGGGAGCCCCUCACACGUCCCUCGGGCCGCACUCCUUCAUCAAGCAGGAGCCAAGCUGGGGGAGCACGGGCGACCCCCACCACCUCGACUCGGAUCCUCACUGCGGCCUGAGCGCCUUCACCGUCCACUUCUCGGGGCAGUUCACGGGCACGGGGGCCUGUCGGUACGGGGCCGCGUUCGGAGCGCCCCCUCCUGCGCCUCCCCCCUCCAGCCAACCUCCUUCAGUCGGUGGCCCGCAUCAUCACCAACCCCCCAGCAGGAUGUUUAGCAACCCACCAUACCUGACCAACUGCAUGGACACACAGCCUGCCGUCCGCAACCAGACAGGUUACAGCACAGUUGCGUUCGAUGGCGCCAGCAAUUACGGUCACACUCCAACUCACCCCGGCUCGCAGUUCUCCAACCACUCCUUCAAACACGAAGACACCUUAGUUCAUCAGAACGCCAUUGCAGAGCAGCAGUAUCCCGUGCCCCCUUCUAUGUAUGGAUGUCACACCCCUUCAGACAGCUGUACAGGCAGCCAGGCUCUGCUGCUGAGGAACCCUUACAACAGUCAUGCGGGGGGCUACGACAGUGACCCCAGCGCACCCAUGGUGUACAGCUGCAGCACACAAUACCGUAUACACACGCAUGGAGUCUUCAGGGGCAUACAGGAUGUAAGGCGGGUGCCCAGCAUUGCUCCAGCAAUUGUUCGAUCAGAGAGCAGCGAGAAGCGUCCAUUCAUGUGUCCACACCCCGGUUGCAACAAGCGCUACUUCAAGCUGUCUCAUCUGCAGAUGCAUGGCCGCAAACACACAGGGGAGAAACCGUACCACUGUGAUGUUGCAGAAUGUGGUAGGGGCUUCUCUCGCUCUGACCAGCUCAAAAGACACCAAAGGAGGCACACAGGUGUUAAACCCUUCGAAUGCGAGACGUGUCAGAGAAAGUUCUCUCGGUCUGACCACCUUAAGACACACACCCGGACUCAUACAGGUAAAACAAGCGAGAAGCCGUUCAACUGUCGUUGGCCAAACUGUCAGAAGAAGUUUGCCCGCAGUGACGAGUUGGUGCGGCACCACAACAUGCACCAGAGGAACCUCACCAAGCUCCAACUGGCCAUCUGAGUGUUCACUCACGGGAGGGAGUUUGACACAUUGUUUGUUUAUUCUUUUCUUCAUCAAAACCGAUGCAGCAGAUACCAAAAAGGUUUUCCAAGGACAUUUCAUUCUUUUUCUGUCACGAAUACGUCCUAUCAUGAAAUUCAUGAACGCAUUCCUUUCGGGGGUUAACGUAACUUUCGUGCUCUAUACUGAAGGUUGAAAUGAUUAGCUUCAGCCCUAUCUGAACGUGACUCACUCUGAGCAAUUAAUCAGAUUUCACCGAAAAACCUCGUGAGCCAUAAAAGCACACUUUUCAUAUGAGUACUCCCCAAGAACAUUCAACAUGAUUUAACGAUCCUGGAAAAAGUUGUGACCUAAAGAAAUCAUUUAAGCCUGAACAAGCAGAUUUCCAUCAUCUAAUCUAUAGGGCCCAAUACAGCGGUUAACUAAAUAACUCACAUUAUGCCACACUUUUGUUGAACUGGUGCGCUACGGCAGUGGCACAGAAGUGUACUGUGCUGCUGCUGAAUUGUAAAAUAUUAAUUGUGUGUCACGCAUUGAAAAUGAAGAGCUUAUUCAAUUGAUUCAACCCAAACGAUUAGUUGAUCAAUGCAUUUCGUUUGAAGAUUUCGGUGGGAACAGUUUUACGUUGAAUUGGGAGCAGUAAUGAGCAGAAGUAGCAAAUCAUUAUCACAACCUGUUUCGUAUGUGUAUUUUUUUGCAUGGCAAAAUGAUCAUAUAGAAUUGAUUCUGUGGUAACCACAAGGUGAUGGUUAAGUCUCUUCAAAAUCUUUUAUCACACUUUUCUAUCCUCUUCACAAGUGAUGUCAAAGGUCAAGAGAUACAAUAAAUACUACAUGCCCCUACAAUUCAGUGUCAACAACGCUGUGGUAAUGAUCUCCUUUUAAAAGUACUAAUUUAUUUUUAUUUCAUGGAUUGAUUCACUGGAACAAGUUUAAGGGAGAGAAGAUACGCUCUUACCUUUUUUAAUGCUGUAAAAAAACAAAAACAAAAAACAAAAAAAACAUGUUUAUAAAAAAAUUUAGAGGAUAAUUUGCAUCUGACUGGCAGGCGGUAUUUUGAUGUUUUGUCUGGAUUGCACAACGUAAAAACAAAAAUAUUUUGUGUGUAGUCGUUUUGUGAUGUUUUUACUUUGUUUUUUGUUUUUUUAAUCCAGCUCUCUUCCGGCAACAGUACAUUGCUUGAGUCUAGUCUCUUGUGUGUAGGGGUGUAAAUAUUAUUGGACUUGGCCUUUGUUUUACACACUGCAUGUUCUCCAAUAUGUCUGUUGGGUCACACUGGCUCUGUGACCAGGACAUGGUCAAGAUGUAAAUAAUUCUGCUUCGCCAUGGGAACUGAGCUUUCCAUGGGGGAAACUUGUGACAACAAUUUUUUUUUGGGGGGAGAGGGGGGGCGCUGUCUUUGAACGUAUCCUGGAACUAUUUUUGUUUCUUCCUUGACAUGUAAAAACAAUUAAGCUGUAAAAAGUAAAUGCCAGUGAAAUAUUAUACACAUAAGGAUGAGCUCUCUAUGUAAAUGUUUUAUAUUGGCUUGUAUACACUCGGGCAGUUUGUCUCUGGUGUCCUUAUUUAUUCAUUUUUAAGUCAUUCUGUACUUGGAAUUAAUGAAAUCCAUGUCGUUAACUUGUCUUCAUACACAUAAACUAAUGUGCACAAACGCAAAUUGCUGUACAGCUCCACUGUCACACUCUUUAAUUCUGUCCGUCGGACAACAUUUACAUUAAGGUUCUUUUUCAGUCUAAUGUACUUGAACCCGCCACUACAUUAGGUAAUCGACCUUUGCAAAGAUAACACAGUUUUGAUUGGCACAGCCAGAUCAACGUUAUAUUUAACGCAUGAUUGUCGUGGCGUGGAAGUCAAAUAAAUUACAUUAUACAGGAGCAGUUAACAAUAUUUCAUCCCUGUAGAAACAUGUCAAUAUGAUGCAGUGUACUUCUGUACCACAGCCAACCACCAUCACAAUGACAAAUAUAUGUAAUUAAAAAAUAAUAAUAAUUGAGUAUCUGUAUUUAUGGUAUCCCAAUGAACUGUGUGGGUGUACCUAAUCGUGUCCAGUGAGUGUUCUCUUUGUGGCUACCCUGAAUUUUUGUUUUUUUUGCCUGAAAAUAUUGUCAGAUAAAUUAUCACACACACACAUACAUAGUGCAGUACAGUACAGUACAGUACCAACCACUCUCCUCUUUAUCUCUGGCCAGAUUCUUCAUUGCAUUCUUUGACUCCCCAUUGGGUGAAAAGGGCUGAUAAAAUGGAACAUGUUUUCUUUCAGUGUCUCAACCCUUUCACUCCCCAUGUAUUCCUUCCUCUCCUCUACCCUCUCUGUCCUUGCUUGUACAUCAUUUCAUUUUCAUUUGCGAUAGUGUUAUAAAUGCAUGACACCAAGUUUCACAAUAGUCAUGAGAUAUUUGCACGUUUUACAAAGAAAGUCACAGAGCAGGAAAAGAGACAGAGAUCGAUGGAGCAAGGUGAGAUGGAUAAAGACAUACCCGGCAAUGUUUCUUUUGUGAACUUUUAUCGUAAGUUUAGCCAAAGUGUUAGUGUAAAUCAGACAUGUCCAAUUCCCUCAGUGGAAUUCCCCUGAAACUCCCCAGGGCCUUUGUGCUAUAUCUCAGCUGUCGGACAAAGGCCUCUAUCUCCCAUCUCUCGCUGCAUCGUGCGUGUGUUUAUGUGCGCGCGUCACUGUUUCAUCUUGGUCCAGUGUCGGAGCGCAGGGCUUUUGAAGCCAGGGUAGCUGCUCAGUGUAACUGUGACUUUGACCACUUUCACAUCCAGUUCCCUCAAUUGUGGGGGGAGAUAUGUAAGGAAAAAGAAAAAAGAAAAAAAAAUGAAUGAAAUCUUUGGGAAUAUACUCUUUAGAGAGAGAAUUGCUAAAUCAUACUUUUCAAGACUAAUUUUAAUGUAAUAUUUGGGGAUUUUUCGUCUUCUUUUUUAACCGUGUGUUUGCUACUGGUAUAGUAGAGGUCAGGUCAUGGAAGCAAAGGGCUUUGUUCAUCGUUAAGUUUAUAUAUAGUAGGAGUUUUCUUGGGCAUUAAAUCUUUAAAAAAAAAAGAGUUUAUAAAUGACACUCAUCACCCUUUUCCACAUUUAAAUACUUCAAUGUUGUCUUUUAUAUAUCUGACUUCCUAUAAUAUUAGUAGUUUCUCAACUCAACGUUUGUUUUUUUUUUGUUUGUUUUUUUCAAUCUUUAGAUUGCGAGGUUAGGUUAUGAUUACAAGCUCUGUAAAUAUUUUCGGCAUCCAUCCAUCCCAUUUUCUCGUCCUCAUUGGGGUCACGGCCCGAGUGGGAUAGACUCUAUUGCAGCUGACUUUGGGUGAGAGGCAGGGAACACCCCGGAUUGGUAGCCAGGGUGCAUAAAAACAAACCACUCACGUCUAUGACACUAGUCAUAUCCAUUUGCCCCUAUUUCCCCCCCCCAUUAUUAUAAAUUGAAUUCCCGUUGUGGAUCUCAGCGAGAAAAUAUCACACGUCAGUUUUUGGGCUGAAACACUUUGGGUGGGGCACAACUCAGCGCAUCCAAACCACUUUUGGAAAUGAAUGCUCGUAUGGUUUGACUGAGCAAAGUUCAACAAUAAAGUAUAUCCCGUAUCUAUACUAUACAAUAUCAAAAUUCUGUUUUGGAAUAAUAGCAGUCACAGGAACUCCACUAUUGUGUGUAUAUCUAUGUUUUUGUUCAGAAUAAAUGUUUUAUCAGGUUAGUUGCACCAGGUCAUGAAAUAAUUCCGGUAAAAAUAUUUAUGGGACAUUUAGGUACAUACUGUAGUUGACUAAGUUUGGUUUUAUGCACACAUAAUGAUACCUCACACACUUAAAAGAGGAUUUUUAAGGGUACAAAACAAAACACGUGCAAAACAUUUGGAAUGCAAGAUGAGCAAUAAUAGAGGGCAAACUCAAGAGGAUGAAAACUAAUAUUAGCAGAAUUGUCAGGGCAACCAACACACACACAUACACACACCCUCCUUCACUUGUUGAUUCAGAGUUGCUUUAUCAUAAAACUCUGAAAAUGACAAAAACACACAAAAGCAUCCAGUAAAAGGACAUUAAGGCAACACUUUCAUUCACUAUCAAUAUAAAACAACAUUUAAAAAAAAAAAAAAAGUAGUCUGCCAGUUAAUUGUUUUUCCUUUAAAAAAAAUAAAAAUAAAUGAUUGUCUGCCAGUUAAUUGUUUCUCCUUUAAAAAAAAAAAAAGUACUGUCUGCCAGUUAAUUGUUUUUCCUUUCUGGUCUGAUGUUGUGAGGCUUAUAUUUUAUUACCAUAAGACACAAACUGAUAAUGCACUGAAAUAUUCCUGAAGACUAAUUGCCCAUAUAUGACAGUCACCUUCUUUUGCUGAGUAAAGCAUAAUAACAAAAAACUAUCAAAUGAAUGUGACAACAAAUAAUUUGAAAAACAACGUGAGUAUUGAAUGUCAAAUCAUGUUUGCGACAAGGAAAUUAUGAUAUUUUUGAAAGGUAUACAUUUUCAGUUAAAUGUCAUAGAUUUGAAAUACACAAAAAAAAAAAAAUUACCAAUAAAGCCACCAUAUGAGUUCCAACGCA